AUGGUCAACAGAUUGAUAAAAUUUAUAGUCCUCAGGCCUAGGGGAAUCCUCCAAAAUUUGGAAGUAGAAGUUAACUGCAGAGAGUUCAUCAAAAAUGUGAAGCGGCAUAUAUUUUCAGAAGAUUUGAAAAAAGAAAUGAACGUUCGACUAAUAUACAUGGGAAAGAUCUUAGAUGAUAAAAAAAGGUUAGAAGAUUACAUAAAUUAUUAUCACAAAGAUUUGUUAUAUAAUAUUAAAUCAAGUUCAUCAGGAAUUGAAAGUAAAAAAGAUGGAUCUAUAGGCUUGAAUAGCCUAAAUAGAGACAUAAAUAGUAAAAGUGUUUCGAACUGUUCCAAGGAGAACAUCAAUAAUAUCCCAAUUACAAUUCAUGUAAAGAUAACAGAAAAGUCUGUGAUCUCGAACAAUGAUAGCGUUCAUGGGAAGAAUAUCAACACAACAUUAGCACAGCUGAGUUUGCUUAUGUUUGUUUCAUUACUAUGGAUGUACAGAUACAAUUAUGCUGAAGUUUUCCCUGUAUUUUCUUCAGUAGUGCUUUGUAUAUUUACAGUAUUCAUUAUGAGCAUUCUUUUUUACACAUAUAUAAUUUUAUUUUUAAAAAUUUUUUUCAAAAUAAUGGCAACACUAUGCCAUGUAAUUAAGCAAAAUGUUGUGCGUGUUUUUACAUACAUCACUCAAAUGAAGACCAAGUUGUUUUUAAAGAAGGAGAAGAGAGGAGGAGUUGCCACUGAUGUUAAGGAGAACUGA